CCCUCAUCUUUAGCUCUAGUCUCCGCGAUUUCUACUCUUUCCUGGUGCUCUGCACCUCUCUCUCUCUCUCUCUCUCCACCCAUUUUCUUCCUCGGUCUUAAACAGUUGAUUAGUCCAAAGGAAGUAAAGAGACAACAACCGAGCAAAUUGCAUAAUAAUUCGCGGAAGUUUGUGAAAGAAUUCUUACAUAAACCCUAGGAAUUAGCUGUGGAGAAGUGAAAAACCCUAGAAUUUGGAGUGAACCGCCAUGGAUUUGCGGUUCCCCUAUUCGCCGGCCGAGGUUGCCAAGAUCCGGGUGGUCCAGUUUGGCAUCCUCAGCCCGGAUGAAAUUAGGCAAAUGUCGGUCGUGCAUAUAGAACAUAGUGAAACGACAGAGAGAGGUAAGCCGAAGCCAGGUGGGUUGAGUGACCCUCGUCUGGGGACUAUUGAUAGGAAGAUGAAGUGCGAGACUUGUAUGGCUAACAUGGCCGACUGCCCCGGCCACUUUGGUCACCUCGAGCUCGCAAAACCCAUGUUUCACAUUGGCUUCAUGAAGACUGUGCUCAGCAUCCUUCGUUGUGUUUGCUUCAAUUGCUCCAAAAUUUUGGCAGACGAGGAGGAUCCGAAGUUCAAGCAAGCAUUGAGAAUAAGAAACCCUAAGAAUAGGCUAAAAAAGAUAUUAGAUGCCUGCAAAAACAAAUCCAAGUGUGAAGGAGGCGAUGAGAUUGAUGUGCAAGGUCAAGACACUGAUGAACCUGUGAAGAAGACUAGGGGAGGGUGUGGUGCUCAGCAGCCAAAAAUUUCUAUUGAUGGCAUGAAAAUGGUUGCUGAGUACAAGAUUCAAAAGAAGAAGAACGAUGACCCGGAGCAAAUGCCUGAACCAGUCGAAAGGAAACAACAACUUUCUGCAGAGAAGGUUCUUAGCAUCUUGAAGAGAAUAACUGAUGAAGAUUGUCAAUUGCUGGGUUUGAAUCCAAAAUAUGCCCGCCCCGAUUGGAUGAUACUUCAAGUUCUUCCUAUUCCUCCGCCUCCUGUUAGACCUUCUGUGAUGAUGGAUACUUCUUCUAGAAGUGAGGAUGAUUUAACUCAUCAAUUGGCGAUGAUCAUAAGGCACAAUGAGAACUUAAAGAGGCAGGAGCGGAAUGGGGCUCCUGCACACAUCAUCUCUGAGUUUGCACAGUUACUGCAGUUCCACAUAGCCACCUACUUUGAUAACGAAUUGCCUGGACAGCCAAGGGCUACACAAAGAUCUGGUAGACCAAUCAAAUCAAUAUGUAGCAGGCUCAAAGCAAAAGAAGGUAGGAUCAGAGGUAACUUGAUGGGUAAGAGAGUUGAUUUCUCAGCUCGGACUGUGAUCACACCUGAUCCAACCAUCAACAUUGACGAACUGGGAGUACCUUGGAGUAUUGCCCUGAAUCUGACAUAUCCAGAAACUGUGACGCCUUAUAAUAUAGAAAGGUUGAAAGAGCUUGUGGAAUAUGGACCUCAUCCUCCUCCAGGUAAAACUGGUGCUAAAUAUAUAAUUAGGGAUGAUGGGCAAAGGCUUGAUCUUAGAUAUUUGAAGAAGAGUAGUGAUCAGCAUCUAGAACUUGGCUAUAAGGUGGAGCGCCACUUGAAUGACGGUGACUUUGUCCUGUUCAAUCGGCAACCGAGUUUGCAUAAAAUGUCUAUAAUGGGGCAUAAAAUAAAGAUUAUGCCUUACUCAACCUUCCGUCUGAAUCUGUCUGUAACCUCACCCUAUAAUGCUGAUUUUGAUGGGGAUGAAAUGAACAUGCACGUUCCCCAGUCAUUUGAAACUAGAGCUGAAGUGUUGGAACUGAUGAUGGUUCCGAAAUGCAUCGUGUCACCUCAAUCAAACCGGCCUGUAAUGGGUAUAGUCCAGGAUACACUUUUAGGUUGCCGCAAAAUCACCAAAAGAGAUACAUUUAUUGAAAAGGAUGUUUUCAUGAAUAUUCUGAUGUGGUGGGAGGAUUUUGAUGGAAAAGUGCCUGCACCGGCAAUUUUGAAACCUAGGCCACUUUGGACUGGAAAACAAGUGUUCAAUUUAAUAAUACCAAAGCAGAUAAACCUUUUGAGAUAUUCAGCAUGGCAUCAGGAAAGUGAAAAGGGAUUUAUAACUCCUGGGGAUACUCAAGUCCGAAUAGAAAAAGGGGAAUUGCUAUCUGGCACUCUUUGCAAGAAGACGCUUGGGACAUCCACGGGUAGUCUUAUACAUGUUAUUUGGGAAGAGGUUGGUCCGGAUGCAGCUCGAAAAUUCUUGGGACAUACGCAAUGGCUUGUCAACUAUUGGCUUUUGCAGAAUGCUUUCAGCAUUGGAAUUGGUGAUACAAUUGCUGAUGCUGCAACAAUGGAAAAGAUCAAUGAAACUAUUUCAAAUGCGAAGAAUGAGGUGAAAGAACUUAUUAGGGCUGCUCAAGAAAAGCAGUUAGAGGCUGAACCUGGUCGAACGAUGAUGGAAUCAUUUGAAAACAGAGUGAACCAGGUGUUGAAUAAGGCCCGUGAUGAUGCUGGAAGCAGUGCUCAGAAGAGCUUGUCAGAAAGUAACAAUCUUAAGGCUAUGGUUACUGCAGGAUCUAAGGGAAGUUUUAUCAACAUUUCUCAGAUGACUGCUUGUGUGGGGCAGCAGAAUGUUGAAGGCAAACGAAUUCCUUUUGGAUUCAUAGAUCGUACUCUGCCACACUUCACCAAAGAUGAUUAUGGUCCAGAGAGUCGUGGGUUUGUAGAAAAUUCAUAUCUUAGGGGUUUGACGCCUCAGGAGUUCUUCUUCCAUGCUAUGGGUGGUAGGGAAGGUCUAAUAGAUACAGCAGUGAAAACUUCGGAGACCGGGUACAUUCAGAGGCGUUUGGUAAAAGCAAUGGAGGAUAUCAUGGUUAAGUAUGAUGGGACUGUCCGGAACUCCUUGGGGGAUGUGAUUCAGUUUCUUUACGGGGAAGAUGGUAUGGAUGCUGUUUGGAUUGAAUCGCAGCCCCUAGAAUCUUUGAAGCUGAAGAAGGCUGAUUUUAAUGAUAUGUACAGAUAUGAAAUUGAUAAUGCAAAUUGGAAUCCUAAUUACAUGUUGCCUGAAGCUGUUGAAGAUCUGAAAACGAUUCGUGAAAUCCGCAGUGUAUUUGAUGCGGAGGUACAGAAACUUGAAGCUGACAGAUACCAACUUGGGACAGAGAUUGCGACCACUGGUGACAAUUCUUGGCCCCUGCCUGUUAACAUUAGGAGGCUUGUCUUAAAUGCACAAAAGACAUUUAAGGUUGAUUUUCGGCGGCCUUCUGAUAUGCAUCCUAUGGAGAUUGUGGAAGCUGUUGACAAGUUACAGGAAAGGCUUAAGGUGGUGGUUGGUGAUGAUUAUUUGAGUAUGGAAGCCCAAAAGAAUGCUACUCUUUUCUUUAAUAUAUUGCUUCGGAGUGCCUUAGCAAGUAAGAGGGUUUUAAAGGAAUAUAGACUUACCCGAGAAGCUUUUGAAUGGGUUAUUGGUGAGAUAGAAUCUCGUUUUCUGCAGUCACUUGUGGCUCCUGGGGAAAUGAUAGGGUGUGUCGCUGCACAGUCAAUUGGUGAGCCUGCCACACAGAUGACCCUUAAUACUUUCCACUAUGCUGGUGUGAGUGCGAAAAACGUCACAUUAGGUGUUCCAAGGUUGAGGGAGAUCAUUAAUGUUGCUAAAAAAAUCAAGACACCCUCUCUUUCAGUAUAUUUGAAGCCUGAUGUUAGUAAAACAAAGGAGAGGGCCAAAAAUGUCCAGUGUGCUCUUGAGUACACUACUUUACGCAGUGUGACACAAGCCACAGAAGUAUGGUAUGAUCCAGAUCCCAUGAGCACAAUUAUUGAGGAAGAUGUGGAAUUUGUGAAGUCCUAUUAUGAGAUGCCUGAUGAAGAGAUUGACCCUGACAAAAUCUCCCCUUGGUUGCUUCGCAUAGAGUUGAACCGGGAGAUGAUGGUGGAUAAGAAACUCAGCAUGGCAGAUAUUGCCGAGAAGAUAAAUCUUGAAUUUGAUGAUGAUUUGACAUGUAUAUUCAAUGAUGACAAUGCUGAGAAACUGAUUCUUCGUAUUCGUAUCAUGAAUGAUGAAGCCCCCAAGGGUGAAUUGAAUGAUGAAUCAGCUGAGGAUGAUGUAUUUCUCAAGAAGAUUGAGAGUAACAUGCUCACAGAAAUGGCUCUUCGAGGCAUACCAGAUAUCAAUAAGGUGUUCAUAAAGAACAGUAAGCUAAAUAAGUUUGAUGAGAAUGAAGGAUUCAAGGCAGAGAAUGAGUGGAUGCUGGACACUGAAGGUGUUAACCUACUGGCUGUCAUGUGCCAUGAAGAUGUUGAUGCAAGGAGGACAACAAGCAAUCACUUGAUUGAAGUUAUCGAAGUUCUAGGAAUUGAGGCAGUUCGUAAAGCUUUGCUGGAUGAAUUGCGUGUUGUCAUAUCCUUUGACGGAUCUUAUGUGAACUACCGACACUUGGCAAUAUUGUGCGAUACCAUGACCUAUCGUGGUCACUUGAUGGCCAUAACUCGUCAUGGGAUUAAUCGCAAUGAUACUGGCCCGAUGAUGAGAUGCUCCUUCGAGGAAACGGUGGACAUUCUGCUUGAUGCUGCUGUCUAUGCAGAAACGGACCAUCUAAGGGGUGUCACUGAAAACAUUAUGUUGGGUCAGCUUGCACCAAUUGGCACUGGAGACUGCGCCUUGUAUCUGAACGAGGAGAUGUUAAAACAAGCUAUUGAGAUCCCUUUACCCAGUUACAUGGAAGGUGGUGGCCUGGAAUUUGGCAUGACACCUGCUCGUUCCCCACUUACAGGAACCCCGUAUCAUGACGGCAUGAUGUCACCAAGUUAUUUGCUCAGCCCAAAUCUGCGGUUAUCUCCUGUUACAGAUGCCCAGUUUUCUCCUUAUGUUGGUGGAAUGGCCUUCUCUCCUACAUCAUCUCCAGGUUACAGCCCGUCCUCUCCUGGAUACAGCCCAUCAUCUCCUGGUUAUAGCCCCACUUCUCCUGGUUACAGCCCCACUUCCCCUGGUUAUAGCCCCACUUCCCCAACAUAUAGUCCCAGUUCACCUGGAUAUAGCCCAACAAGUCCUGCAUAUUCUCCAACUAGCCCAUCCUACUCACCUACUUCUCCAACCUACAGCCCAACUUCUCCUAGCUAUAGUCCGACUUCACCAAGUUAUAGUCCUACAUCUCCAAGUUACAGUCCGACAUCUCCGAGCUAUAGCCCAACCUCCCCUGCAUACAGCCCAACAUCCCCUGCAUACAGCCCAACAUCCCCUGCUUACAGCCCCACUUCACCCUCUUACAGCCCAACGUCACCCUCUUACAGCCCAACCUCUCCAUCUUACAGCCCAACCUCACCUUCUUACAGUCCCACCUCUCCAUCAUACAGCCCAACUUCUCCGUCAUAUAGCCCAACCUCACCUGCCUACAGCCCGACCUCCCCUGGUUAUAGCCCAACCUCUCCAAGUUACAGUCCUACCUCACCAAGUUAUAGCCCUACAUCUCCAAGUUACAAUCCUUCAGCAAGAUACAGCCCUUCUCUUGCAUAUUCACCUACAAGUCCAAAGAUCUCACCUUCUAGUCCUUACAGUCCGUCCUCUCCAAGUUACAGUCCAACCUCACCUUCAUAUUCUCCAACAUCUCCAUCGUAUUCUCCAUCUAGUCCAAGUUAUAGCCCAAGCAGCCCCUACAAUUCUGGUGCAAGCCCUGAUUAUAGUCCUAGCUCCCCGCAGUACAGUCCAAGUGCAGGAUACUCUCCUAGUGCACCAGGGUACUCCCCAUCUUCAACCAGCCAGUACACUCCCCGCACAAAUGACAGAGACGACAAGAGUGUCAAGGAUGAGAAGAGCAAGCGUUGAUGUGCAAUACAGCACAACUGCAUACCAAAUAUUAAGGACUGAAAAAUUCUUGAUGUUCAUCAAUCUUUUCAGCUCUUAUGUUGCAUGUACUAAAUGUAUUCCAUGUAAUGCAAGUUGUACUAGUUCUCCUGUUGUGUUGAUUGGCAUUCGACAUGGGACAAUCCUUAGUUGUACGACCUUUUAUUUGAGAUUUGAGUUUGUAUAGCAGAAGACUAACUAUGACGUAAUGAAGUCUUGAAUUUGAAUUUGAAUUUCUGGGGUGGAUA